CUUUCCACAGCACCACACAAAACUCUUGCACCAGAUGUUGAAGUGAUAACGCCGAACGGAUUUACUUACAAGCAACCGACAGGACUUUUUAUCAACAACGAGUUCAUCAAGUCCCAAAGCGGCAAGACCAUAGCAGUUGAGGAUCCUUCUACGGAACAGACCAUUGUCGAAGUUGAGUCUGCUAGCCCGGAUGACGUGAACUAUGCAGUGGACUGUGCAGAGGCUGCUUUCAACUCUGGUUGGGCUACUUGUGAUCCACGUACUAGAGCUCUUCAUCUCUUUAGACUCGCAGAUUUGGUAAGCGAAAGAAAGGAAAUGAUUGCGUCUAUCGAAUCUAUGGAUAAUGGUAAAGCAUUGGCCUCUUCUCGCGCCGACGUUAACAUUGUGAUCAACUAUUUGAGAUCAGCGGCUGGAUACGCUGACAAAUUGAACGGCAGAACCAUCGAUACAGGCGAUGGAUACAUGAACUACACUUUAAGGGAGCCAAUUGGUGUAUGCGGUCAAAUCAUUCCAUGGAAUUUCCCAUUGAUGAUGUUGUCAUGGAAAAUAGCGCCAGCACUUGCCGCGGGUAACACGGUCGUUCUAAAACCAGCCUCUCCAACUCCACUAAAUGCCCUUUAUUUCGCGUCUCUGUGUAAGGAGGCUGGAAUCCCGGCAGGUGUUGUCAACAUUGUGCCUGGACCCGGUAGAUCGGUUGGUGACACUAUCACCAAUCACCCGAAAAUUAGAAAGGUGGCCUUUACAGGUUCAACUCAAAUUGGUAAGGAUAUCGCGGUCAAGGCAGCGAUGUCAAACUUAAAGAAGACGACGUUGGAACUUGGUGGUAAAUCUGCGCAUUUGGUUUUUGACGAUGCAAACCUUCAAAAAACCCUCCCGAAUCUCGUGAACGGAAUUUUCCUGAAUGCUGGUCAAAUUUGUUCUUCUGGCUCGAGAAUUUACGUUCAAGAAGGCAUUUAUGACAAACUAUUGACCGCUUUUAAGAACUAUGUGGAACAAAAUAUCAAAGUCGGAUCUCCCUUUGACGAGUCAAACUUCCAAGGUGCUAUCAACAACAAAUCGCAACUCGAAACAAUUUUAAAUUAUAUUGACAUCGGUAAAGCGGAAGGUGCUAAAGUUUUAACUGGUGGUGAACGGUGUGCCGGAAACGGAUUUUUCGUCAAGCCCACCAUCUUCUACGAUGUCAAAGAGGAUAUGAGAAUUGUCAAUGAGGAGAUUUUUGGUCCAGUGGUGACAAUCUCCAAGUUUAGGACUACUGAAGAAGCCGUGAAAAUGGCUAACGACUCUGAGUUUGCUCUUGGUGCCGGUAUCGAAACUGAAAACCUUUCUACAGCAUUAAAAGUUUCCAAAAUGCUCAAAGCCGGCACUGUCUGGGUGAACACUUACAAUGACUUUGACUCAUCGGUUCCAUUUGGUGGUUGUAAACAGUCUGGUUAUGGAAGAGAAAUGGGGGAAGAGGCCUUUGAAUCGUACACACAGGUCAAGGCAGUCAGAAUCAAGCUAGAUUAA